AUGUAAAUUUUUUAUGUGGAGGAGAAGAUAUAUCUUCCCUAGUAGUAGAUUUAGGUUUUUAUAGUUGUAAAAUAGGACACAAUCAAGAAGAUACGCCACGUAUAUUUUUGAAUAGUAUAUGUGGAGAAAGAGAAAUGAAUGAUGAAUACGAAAAUUAUAUGGAUGGAUCUUUAAAAAAUAUAAAUUAUAAAGAAUUAAAAUAUCCUUUAAAUUUAUAUAAUAGAAAUGAGCAUAUAAGGAUCAAACCAUUAUUUUAUAAAGAUGAUAAUAAAGAUGAUAUUAAAUUAAAUGCAGAUGUUUUUGAAAAGAUAUUAGAGUAUUCUAUUGAAGGUAUAGAGAUACCUAAAGUAUUUGAAUGUAGUGAUGAUAUAAUAAUGGAUCCUAUAAAAUUGGGUGGAUUAAAUUUAAAUUUUGAGGAACAUCCAAUAUUAUUAACAGAAUUUAAUAUGCAUAAUCAUAAAAUAAGAGAACAGAUGACCGAAAUAUUAUUUGAAAAAUAUAAUAUACCUGCAUUAUAUUUUGCAAAGAAAGCAAAGUUAACAUCCUUUAGUUUAGGGAGAUCUACAUCUUUAGUUAUAGAUAUAGGAUAUAAUUCUUUGGAUAUAAAUCCAGUAUAUGAAGGAUAUGUUCUUCAGAAAAAUUCAUUGGAAUAUAAUAUUGGAGGACAAUAUUUUGAUAAAUUAAUAUAUGAGCAAUUAAUAAAAGACAAUGUAAAUAUUAUUCCUUAUUUUGUGUAUUGUAAUGGCUAUGAUAAUAUGCAUACAUGUUUUAAUGACAACAUUAACGGUAGCAUUCAUAAUAAUAAUCACAAUAAUAUUGGUGAUAACAAUAAUAUUGGUGAUAACAAUAAUAUUGGUGAUAACAAUAAUAUUGGUGAUAACAACAAUAUUGGUGAUAACAACAAUAUUGGUGAUAACAAUAAUAUUGGUUAUAAUAAUCAUCAUGGUAAUAGCAAUACAUACCAAGAAAAUUCUAUAGAAAAAACUUUGAACCCAUUUUAUAAUAUACAUCAUUCAUAUAAAGAAGAAUGUAUUUUAGAUGUAAUUCGAUAUAUGAAAGAAAGCGUUUGCAGAACACGUAUUAUAAAUGAUGAUUCCAAAUGGGAAGAAAAAAAAUAUAGUAUACAAAACAUUACAAAUUUGAACGAACAAAAUAACAUACAUAUAUCUAAUGAGAAUAAUAUAAAAGAUGGAUGUACAAAAGAAGAAUUUUUUGAAUUACCUGAUGGAUAUAAAAUUAAUAUUCAUAAAUAUAAAUAUGAUAUUGCUGAACAUUUAUUUCAUUCUAUACCUUCUCUAAACAAUUUUAAAGGUUUACCACAGUCAAUUAUAAAUUGUAUUAUAUCGACAGAUGUUGAUAUUAGAAAAGAACUUUUACAAUCUAUUGUUAUUACAGGAGGUUCAUCAUUAUUUCCUGGACUUAUUGAAAGGUUACAUAACUCAUUAAAAGAAAAAGAAUGUUUUACACAAUCAAAUAAAUUCAAAAUUUUAAAUAUGACUUCUUUGGUAGAACAAAAAUAUUCUUCAUGGCUAGGUGGAUCCAUUCUAGCUAGCUUGGGAACAUUCCAACAAAUGUGGGUUUCUAAAAAGGAAUAUCAUGAAUCAGGACAUAAUAUCAUACUUGAUCGAUGUUUUUAA